UGUUGCUUUCUCCUUCUCAGUCCCUGUUUCUAACCUGCCCUAUGUGUUCUCUUUUCCUUUUCGUUGGUAAAAUACUACUUUACAAUGGAUGCCACGCUUAUUUUAAAAGGGACCAUGAUCAAAAAGUCCCAGCAAAGGAGAAGGACAUCUCCAUGCAACUAUAAGGAGAGAUUGUUUAUCUUAGACACUCGGUCCUUGAGCUAUUUGGAAUGGCGUCCUGGGAAAAAGCCUAUUCUGAAAGGUUGUAUUCAGCUGUCGAAUAUAAGGUGUGCAGAGAUUGUAUGCAGCAGUAUUCCUAUACCAUGCACCAAUAAGUAUCCCUUUCAGGUCUUCCAUGACAAUCUACACCUCUACAUUUUUGCUCCAGACAACUACUGUCGCCAGAGAUGGGUCAGGGCCCUCAAAGAGGAGAUAAGACUUAAUAACUUGGUUGUAAAAUACCAUCCAAAUUUCUGGAUGUACGGGAGAUGGCAAUGCUGCCAUCAGACAGAGAAACUGGCCGCAGGGUGCAAGGAGUACAGUCCAGAGCCUAAUGGUACAAAGGUUCUUCCUGAGGUACCGGAAUCCAAAAAUACAGAUCGUCUGGGGUCUCCUGACGACGAAGGAGAGGGGCUCGUCGUGGCGCUCCAGGACUACACCCCCCAAGGACACAGUGACUUGCCUCUUAAGGCAGACCAGGAGUACACCAUGAUCGACAGCUCGCACCCCGAAUGGUGGAUCAUACAAGAUAACAUGGGGCAUAAAGGCUUUGUUCCCUGCACAUACAUUGCUGAAAAGUCUGGCAGAAACUUUGACAGAUUUGACUGGUACAACAAAGACGUGACCCGAGUGCAGGCAGAGGAGCUCCUGAUGACCGAGGGGAGAGAAGGAGGUUUCAUGGUGCGGGACUCCAGACACGCAGGCUUCUACACCGUUUCAGUUUUCACCAAAGCAGCCGGCUCUAAUGGAUUGAAGAAUCCCAGAGUGAAACACUAUCAGAUUAAAGUGAUUGUGGCAGGAGGAGAGCAAAGUUUCUACUUGGCGGAGAAGCACCUAUUCAACAACAUUCCCCAGGUCAUCACUUACCACAAACUAAACGCUGCAGGUCUCAUCACACGUCUAAGAAGGCCAAUCUCCCACAACAGUAUAUCAACCAACAGCUCUUUCAAUCACAACGAAGCCCGGUGGGAGGUGGACCCCGAGGAGCUGGUCCUGGGGGAGGAGCUGGGCAGCGGUCAGUUUGGCAUGGUGCUGGAGGCCAGGUGGCGAGAGAAGAGGGUGGCAGUGAAGAUGGUGAAGGAGGAAGCCAUGUCGGAAGACGAGUUCAUUGAGGAAGCCCAGGUUUUGACGAAGCUGUCCCACUGUAAGCUGGUGAAGUUGUAUGGGGUGUGCUCCCAGCGCAACCCGCCGUGUCUGGUGCUGGAGCUGAUGGAGAACGGCUGCCUCUCAGACUUCCUGAGGGCCAGGAAAGGUCAACUCUCCCCGGCCACCCUGCUGGUGAUGUGUCUGGACGUCAGCGAGGCAAUGGCCUACCUGGAGAGUUUAAAGAUCAUCCACAGAGAUCUGGCCGCCAGGAAUUGCCUGGUUUCAAAGAACAACGAGGUCAAGGUGUCCGACUUCGGCAUGGCUAGGUAUGUUCCGGAUGACCUGUAUACUUGCUCAAUGGGCUCCAAGUUCUCCAUUAAGUGGUCGGCACCGGAAGUCAUCAAGUACUCCAAGUUCAGCAGCAAGUCAGAUAUCUGGUCCUUUGGUGUGCUAAUGUGGGAGGUGUUCAGCGAGGGCCGCAUGCCGUAUGAGCACAACACCAACACUGAGGUGGUGGAGGCCCUGGCCACGGGCCUGAGGUUACUGCGGCCCCGUCUGGCCCCUGACGCGCUCUACCUGCUGAUGGAGGGCUGCUGGCGGCAGAAACCAGGAGAUCGUCCAUCCUUUGCUGUCCUGCUGCAUGAGUUGGCCUCUGUCUGAAACCUCAAAGAAAUUAUUUAUGAUGCAUUUG